CAGGGAAGAAGAAGAAGACGACGAAGAGGAGGACGGGGUCGGUGGAGAAAAGGAAGCGUUGUGAGUGUGGAGUGUGGAGGGCAUUUGUAGGGAGGGAUCUCAACAGUCAGGGUCACUAGGGUUUCAUCACAGACACACUCGCUUCUCUUUCCCUUGCUAUCAAUUGCGCAAUCAAUCUCCUGUAAUUCGAUCCGCUUUGCAGCGAUGGGAGGUGGAGAGCAAGACGAUGUGGUGAGUAGCUUCUUGGGGGUGACGGGGGCGACCGACGCGCAGGCGCGCUUCUUUCUUGAGAGCGCUAACUGGGAGCUGGACGCAGCUCUGAUCUCGUUCUUUGAAGCGUCGGAUGAUGGGAUGAGUGGCGGUGGACUCCCUGCGGUGGCGCGGACCGAGCGGGAGGAGGAUGACGAUGAGGAGAUGAGCUUCCCAUCGGCGCCGGUUCCAGCUCAAGCGCAGGAUCAAGGGUUAGGUCAGGUGCCUGACGGAUGGCCAGCUAGGUCGACGGGAGCGGGGGUGACGCAGGGGCAAGGGCGAUUUCCUGGGAGUGGUCAGCCCAAGGGGAAGGAGAAGAAAAAAGGUAGCUCGUCGGGUCGGGGUGGAAUUACGACUCUGUCCGAUCUGGGUCGUCAAGCGGAGUCCGACGAGGAUUCUGAUGAAGGGCCGCAGGAGUAUUACACGGGCGGUGAGAAAAGUGGCAUGAUGGUGCAAGACCCCAGCAAACGAGGCCCUCGGGACGUGGAUGCUAUGUUUGAUCGUGUGCGACGAUUUGGUGCUCAAGAAGGGAGGGCCGAGCCACCGCAGCCACCUUCUUCUAGCAAUAGAUCAGGAGCCUUUGCAGGUUCUUCACGCACAUUAAGUGGCGAGCCACGACAAUCUGAACAACCCGCUCCAACAGCUUCUCCUGCACGGCCCGGAGCUCGUGCCCCACCAGAGCCAGUAUUUCAUACGAUUACUUUCUGGAGAAAUGGGUUCACUGUUGAUGAUGGACCUCUGAGGAGGCUUGAUGAUCCCGCUAAUGAGCCGUUCUUAGAUAGCAUCAAUAAAGGGGAAUGUCCUAAAGAAUUGGAGCCUGCUGAUCGUAGUACCCAAGUACAUGUGAAUCUUGUUAAGAAAGAAGAAGAGUGGGAGGCUCCUCCGCAGCCGAAGUAUGUUGCGUUUGGAGGUACAGGUCGUACUUUAGGAAGUUCUGCGCCCGCUCCCGUCUCCGAAUCACUUGCAGCUUCGGCUGCCUCUGGUUUAGAAGCAGCCAAUCAACCAAUUCAAGGUUUAGUUGUGGACGAGUCCAAACCUUCAACUUCUAUUCAGCUUCGACUCUCGGAUGGAACUCGUAUGGUAGCUCGUUUCAACCACACACACACUAUUGCGGAUAUUCGAGGCUUUAUAGACGCUGCUAGACCAGGAAAUGUCGGACCUUACUCUCUUCAAGCUAUGGGCUUUCCUCCCAAGCCCUUGACGGACAUGAAGCAAUCCGUAGAGGCAGCUAGUCUGUUCAAUGCUGUCGUCAUUCAGAAGGCCUUGUAAAUCCUCCUCUGAACUUCAAAAACGUGAAUAAAAGUCGCUACCAGGAUACAUUCAUUGUAAUAGCAGAAUCAUUGUAGAUCUGUUGAAAUAAUGGACAGAGUAUUUUUGAGGUGCUAGCUUCUCAAAUCUAUUUUGCAGCUUCUCAUUGGAGUUCAAUUUUGAGCCAAAUGAACUAAUAUCAUGAAAAUUGCAACUCUGUCUGCAUUCCAUGUA